AUGGAAGACCUUCCAGCGGACCUCCGCUUGCUGACCCUCAACUGCUGGGGUCUCAAGUACAUCUCGAAGCUCCGCUCCGAACGCCUCGCGGAAAUCGGCCGCCGCAUCGCCUCCCGCCCGGAGCCGCCCCACGUCGUCGCCCUCCAGGAAUGCUGGGUGACGGCCGACUACGAGGCCAUCCGCGCCGAGACCCGCCACAUCCUCCCGUACGGCAAGUUCUACUACUCGGGCCCCUUUGGCGGCGGCCUCGCCAUCCUCUCCCGCUGGCCCCUUGAGGAGAGCUCCAUGUUCCGGUACCCCCUCAACGGGCGGCCCACGGCCUUUUGGCGCGGCGACUGGUACGUCGGCAAGGGCAUCGCGUGCGCGCGCAUCCGCAUCCGCCUCACCGACCCCUCCUCCGCGGGGGGCAGCAGAGAACACACCCUCAGCAUCUUCAACACCCACACCCACGCCCCCUACACCGAGAACCAACCCAACGACAGCUAUCUCGCCCAUCGCCUCGCCCAGUCCUGGGAGAUGUCCAAGCUCCUCCGCGGCGCCUCGGAGCGCGGCCACCUCGUCCUCGCCAUGGGCGACUUCAACAUGCGGCCUCUGAGCCUCCCGCACCGCAUCAUCACCGCCCAUGCCCCCGUCCAUGACGUCUGGCGGACGCUGCACCCGGACUCGUCCCUCGGCGAGGUUGAGAACCCGUUGGAGAAGGCUCGCGGCCGGCCCGUGCCGACGGCGGACUUUAGUCUCAAGGAAAACGGCACCACGUCGGACCAUGUGUACAACACCUGGCGCUGGUCCAAAGAGCAGCAGAAGAAGCUAGGCGAGGGGAAGGAGAAAAUCGUGGUACCGCCGGACGCACCAGACAGGAAGGGGAAGCGUCUGGAUUACAUCUUCUUCAGCAGUGCCCUACCCCGAGGCGACGACAGCGGCGGGGGUUGGGUGGUCCGCGAUGCGCGGGUAGGCAUGGUCCAGCCGCAUCCCACACUGGGCUGCUCUCUGAGCGACCACUUUUCCGUGGAGGCGACACUGUCGUACCAUCCCCCCCGCAGCGAAUCCGACCAAGUCGGCAACGACACCAUCCUCAAGGAGACCUCCAACCCCAAGGACCCGUCAGACAGCUCGCACCGAGAGUCCUUCCUGUCCGCCAACCCGCCUAGCCCGCCCGAGAACUCGUCACUUCCCAUCCCGGUCUAUGACGAGAUCCUCUCCGAGAUACGACGCUAUGUUCACCGGGAAGAGAACCAACGGACCUGGCGGGCGGUGCACUUCUUCGCCUGGUUCGCCGUGUUGAUAGCGUGUCUCGUCGCCGUGUGGUUUAGUCCACACAACUUUGUUGCCUUCCUCCUCAUGCUUCUGAGCAGUCUCGGUCUGGUCGCCGGAGUUGUGGACGGUCUCAUGUCACUACUCUUCUUCAACUCGGAGCUCAGGGCUCUAAAGGAGUUUGAGUGGGAGAUCACAAAUGCUAGAAAAAUAGCGAGUGGUGCUUCUGGGGACUUUGCGAGGGAAAAGUCUUUUUGA